UUCACAAUUUUUAUUUACAUUUAAUUCAUGCAGAAUUAGGUUGUCGAUUAUUGAUUUUUAUUAAUUGAGCAUUGACCUCGUUGAAUAUGGAAUGUGUUUUAAAUUCUCUGAUUCAACUAGAAUUUAGAAAUAAAAUCACGUAUUAAAAAUGAGGAACGAUAUAUAUAACUCACCCAAGGACACUAACAAUCAUCUACAACAAAAAACUACUUGGAACAGGAACGGCAGCGAGAAUGAAACCACGUAACUUGCCCCAGCUUCAACCCCAGACCGGUGACAAAUAUUCGUGAUUAAAUUUCCCAGCGACGCAAGUUCCCCGAAUUUUUCUAAUUUCAACGUGACGGGCGACACGAUUCGUUCGAAUCGCGCGGCGCUCCCUGUAUAUUCAGAAUUCCCGUCGCCGCGUAAUUUAGCGCAAUCGCGAGCGGCGCUGGAAGGAAGAAGACAAUAGGCGAGACGCGACGGUCGAAACAGUCGAGACAGUCCCGUUUCCCGUUUGGCAUCCGAAAUUUCAUCGGGUCCACAAUGGCAGCACCGGCGAUUGGCAUCGACUUGGGUACGACGUACUCGUGCGUCGGUGUCUUCCGCGAUGGAAAAGUUGAAAUUAUCGCCAAUGACCAAGGGAACCGCACCACGCCGAGCUACGUUGCAUUCACGGACGCCGAGAGGUUAAUCGGCGACGCAGCCAAGAACCAAGUGGCCAUGAAUCCCACAAACACGAUUUUUGAUGCGAAGAGGCUGAUUGGCAGGCGCUACGAUGAUCCAUCAGUCCAGUCCGACAUGAAACAUUGGCCGUUCGCCGUCGUUAAUAACGCGGGAAAGCCGAAAAUUCGCGUCCAAUACAAAGGCGAGGAGAAAUCCUUCUUUCCCGAGGAGAUCUCCUCGAUGGUUUUGACGAAAAUGAAGGAAACUGCGGAAGCUUAUUUAGGGAAGACCAUCACGAACGCCGUGAUUACGGUACCGGCGUACUUCAACGACUCUCAGCGUCAGGCUACCAAGGACGCAGGCACUAUCUCCGGCUUGAAUGUCCUGAGGAUCAUUAACGAGCCGACUGCCGCGGCUAUUGCUUACGGCCUCGACAAAAAGGGACGCGGUGAAAGGAACGUUCUGAUCUUCGAUCUUGGCGGCGGUACUUUCGACGUAUCGAUACUGACUAUCAACGAUGGCAUAUUCGAGGUUAAAGCAACAGCCGGCGACACCCACCUGGGAGGCGAGGACUUCGACAAUCGUAUGGUGACAUACUUCUCGCAAGAGUUCUCGAGAAAGUUCAAGAAGGACCUGACGAAGAACAAGCGGGCGAUCCGUCGGCUGCGAACGGCGUGCGAGAGCGCGAAGAGGACCCUGUCGUCGUCGACGCAGGCGAACAUCGAGAUCGACUCGCUGCUCGACGGGAUCGACUUUUACACGUCGAUCACCCGCGCCCGCUUCGAGGAGCUGAACCAAGAUCUCUUCAGGAACACCCUGCAGCCGGUCGAGGAGGCUAUGCGCGACGCCAAGAUGGAGAAAUCGCAGAUACACGACGUAGUGCUCGUGGGCGGCUCAACCCGGAUCCCGCGAAUACAGCGACUCCUCCAGGAUCUGUUCAACGGGAAGGAGCUGAACAAAUCGAUAAACGCAGACGAAGCCGUAGCUUACGGCGCGGCAGUGCAGGCCGCCAUUCUGCAGGGUGACAAGUCGGAGACUGUCCAGGACCUGCUGUUGCUGGACGUGACUCCCCUGUCCCUCGGCAUAGAGACAGCAGGCGGCAUGAUGACUUCUCUCAUCAAACGCAACAGCACGAUCCCUACCAACCAGACGCAGACUUUCACUACCUAUGCGGACGGUCAGUCGAGCGUUCUGAUCCAGGUUUACGAGGGCGAGAGGGCGAUGACCAAGGACAACAACCUCUUGGGGAAAUUCGAGCUUUCCGGGAUCCCGCCAGCGCCACGCGGCCUACCCCUAAUUGAGCAAUUAAACCAGAAUGGGAAUGGGGGAGUGGCCUUUUGGCCAGAGGCUGAGGCCACUAAUAAACGUUUCGUGAAGCCCAGGCCAGAGAUAAGAAAACAAUUCCUGGGAGGAAUAGGCCUGGAGCAGUGGCACCACAGACGCGUUGGUUGCAGCGACGAAGGAAGUUCUUGCCAGAGGGAUGUCAG